GUUUGACGUUUCCAAAAAACCGAUAUCAACAAAAGAAAAACACCAAAUUGUUAAAUGUUAUGUUUUUUAAAAACUUUUUAAUUUGGCAAUGUAAACAAAUGAAAAUAAAAUAAAAAUAGAAAAAUGUUCGAACGUAGAUGUGUUGUAAUUAACAUAAGAUCAGCAGUUGUUUUGCUCCUUGCAAUUGUUGUGACCGGAAUCAAACAAAGUCAAACAGCAAUCAACACAAUGGAUGUUGAUACAAAAACGGAAAUCACAAAAAACAACACGAUUGAUAGCAUGACUGUAAUCAUAGGUAAAACUCAAUUAAAUGAAUCAUCAGCAUGUCCCAUUGCUGUGCCUUGCAAUAGUUUAACUUUCCCUUGCAUCGAAUGCAUCUAUAAUUCAUCCUGCAUCUAUGGAAAGGACAAUAAUGUAACGUGUAGUGCGGUCUCUCAUGUGCAAUGUCUGGGAGAAAGAACAUUCACAAAACAAAUGAACUGUCGAUAUUGUUAUCAAACAGAACACUGGCAACAUUCUUGUCUUCUGCGUGGUAAUUGUAAUUCCAUUGAUAAAUCAUAUAAAACAAAUUGUACUGCUCAUAAUGAUGUGCUUUGCUUGGGACUGAGAACAUUUAGUAAAAAUGUAAAAUGCAAUUGGACACAGGGUUAUCGAUGGAGUACUGCUUUGAUUAUUAGUUUAACAUUGGGCGGAUUUGGGGUAGAUAGAUUUUAUCUUGGCCAUUGGCCAGAGGGUAUUGGAAAACUCUUCAGUUUUGGCGGCCUUGGAGUUUGGACAAUCAUAGAUGUCCUUUUAAUCUCACUUCGCUAUCUAGGCCCAGCUGACGGCUCCCUUUAUCUUUAAGAAGAAUUUCCAAGACACAAAACAAAAAAAUUAAAACACAACUUCUGAUCAAAUUUAUGUUUCAUUCAUUUGCUCAUUUUAUUUUUGUUAUGUUUUCUUUUAGUAUUUUAUAUAAUAAUGUACAUUUACACACCUUUACUUAUAUAAAUGAACGUUCUCUCUCAAUUAUCCUUGGAAAUUCAAAACUAAAGCAAAUAAAAUAAAAACCUACUAAACUGA